AUGAGCAUCGAUGAAUCAUUUGGCCUCGUAAGAGCAAAAGCAGACACGCCAGCUUCAUCCCUGUUGGUCCGGAAAUCAAAAGCGAUCAUCGCUUUCUACGCCAAGAAUAUCGUGGAAAUCAAGUUGUUAUCUUCCGUCGAAACGAAGGAUACCUGCGAAACGUGUAUUUCUAUCAGACGGAGAACCGAAAGGCGCGUUGAGAAGAAUAUCGCCAAGGCAAUCGAGCAUUACGAUGCAGCGCUGCAGAAGAAGAUGGUCCAACAUCAAGAAGAGAAGGAAAAAAGGUCUGCAUGCAACUCACUAAUUAGCCCAUGACUCGUCUCGUCCAACACGAAAAUGUGCACUCCCCAGUCGUGCAAGAUUCGAGCUACAAUGUACUACAAUGUUCCAACAGAAUGAACAUAAUCACUAAUAUGAGCUUCACGUCUGCACUCAAUGGAGAUUAGGUAAAGGCGUAGUCGUGGAUCAACUGUGAACUAAGGUCGGGGAGUAGCUGUGUGAGGCUGAAUGUGCAUGGUCAAUUCAAACGUACUACAAUGUUCCAACAGAUGAAUGAACAUAAUCAAACUAACUCUGUGACUUGAUUGGCCGUAGAACUCGGGAGCCCGAUGCUUCGGCUCCAUCUCAGCUAGCUCCUCGAGUAGUGUACCUGUCCGGAGUAGCCUAGUACGAGGGCCCUGUCCACAUAUAAUGAAGAAUAAUAAUAAUCAACACAACAUCAAAACUCAACUAGAAGAAGUCCAUUUGCGCCAGAAUCAUUUGGUACCGUAAGAAAAGCAUCUGAAUGGCAACAACAUAAGACGCUGCUAACUUAAAUGAAGAGCCAUAAUCUUUAACAUGGGCCCACUCAAUGCUGCUCCUAAUGUACCUGAUGCACUCCACUAGAUGCAACUUAAUAUUGCCCCAGACGGUGCAGGGCAGAAGCGCAGAAGGAAGAAACUGAGUUCCAAAUGUUUCCUAGUUUCUUUCAAGAAGCAGCAGCACAUCAUUCGAG